AUGCAAAACCAAGAAUUUAAACCAAAAUAUAAGGAGAUGGAAGUUUAUCCGGAUAGAGAACUCUUAGUGUGGGAAAAAUGGAUAGAAAUUAGAAAAGAAGAAACACUGCAUUUGGCACAAAAAACUGAUAGACCACCAGCCGACCUCACUAUGAAUAUUUUAGAGAAAAUACGUGAGGAUAAAGAAAGAAAAGUCGUUCUGGAACAUGCCCAAAUCGAGAAAAAACCGACAGUACGUGGUUAUUUGUGGGAACAACCACAGCGGCUAAAACAAUGUUGCUAUUGUGAACCUGUGUACGAAAUACAAAGAACAAAAGAAGAAAAGGGCCUUCCUCGAGUUAUACAACAUAUAGGUGUACCGAAAUACAUACAAGAAACAGAGAAAGGUAUUAUUGGGGUUCCAGAACGAAAACCAUGCGUAAACUUGGACCACGAGUACAUGCAAUACCGAGAAAAAAGGGAACAAGAGCUUAAGGAGCAGAUAAAAAAAAUCGAUCCAUUCAGACCGGAUAUAGACGAAUUAUUAGUAAGAGGCAGUAAACCAAAAACACCACCUCCAAAAAUACCGCCUUUGCCAAAAGUGACGCUUUCUACCGUAAUAACUCGAGGAGAUGAAGCAACCUGUUCUAUUUACGCUCUAAAAAUAAACAACUCUCUUUUCAUCAAAGAUAUACAUGAUCAAAAAAUAUCUCAUUUGCGAGCCAUGCAAAAUGAAUCAUGGCAUGAGUCUUGUAAUACAUGGUCAUAUUAUUUUAAUACACCAAUUAGUCGAGCUGGCAGGUGCAAACUUUAUCUACAAAAUCCAGGAACAGUAAUGAUAAAAUACUGUUGGAAAAAGAUAAAACGAUCACUUCCAUUUAUUCCCGAAGAACCUCUAGAACAAGUAUUUUUCUUUAAUAAAAAUGAAGGUAGUUUAUAUCCUGGCCAAGAAAAAGAAUUAUGUUUUACGUUUAUAUCAGACAAACCUGGAAUAUACAAUGAAAUAUGGGAGCUAAGUACUACCAACAUCUGUUUUUUUGAUACUCUCACUGAAAAAUUGGUAAUUAAUUUAACUGGUGAUUCGGUUGAAAAUAUAGAAAGAUUGAUAAGAAAGGCCAGGAAGCUAGAAGGAAAAAUAAAUCAUGUUGCCUCACGAAAUAUUAUUAUGAGCUUAAUUGACGAUACCAUUACUAAAGCAGUUAGUAUUAAACCAGAAGCUUAUCCUUACAAAAAGCUACUUCUUGAAAGAGACAUGUUCAUAAUGAAAAAUCCUGUCUGUUUCUAUCAUCAGACAGAAGUUACAAAUCUCAGAGAUUUAUAUUCGGAAAUGCUAACUAAUGAGACAUGGGAUCUCUCAAUAACAAGCUGGAGAAGUGCAAUGGUAGAAAAAGAAUACGACGACCGAAUGAAAUAUUACGAGCUUCUUAGGAAAUCCCACCUUCAUUUACUUAAACCUUGGUUUGAAGAUGACGAUCUUAUACAAGACAAAUACCGAGCUGUUAACAUUCUUCUUGGGCAGUUGUUUGACAAAUUUGAUUAUGAGUACUUUAGAAUUCGGCAAUUAAUUCUUAAUCUACCCGAAGGUGAUGUGUCAGAAACGACAACUGUUUCUAAUAUUUUCUUGGAGACUUCACCAAUGGAUUUCACAAUACGAAACAUAUUCUAUGUAAAAAUGUAUGAACACCUUGCAACUACAAUGGAGACGUGUGCAGGAAUUUUAAGCAAUUUGGAUUUAAAUAGAUGGCUACAAUUUGAUUUUUGUAGAUGGUAA